ACGCUUUUAGUUUUACUCGCGCACCAGUGUAUACAGUAUCAUUUCAGAAUUAGGGUUUUUGCACUUCCCAACUCUCUUUCUUUCUCUCUUGACGUGUGAAAGGGAAGAUUCGAAUCGAUUUUUGUAAUUUCAGGCUGCAAUUGGACAUGGAUGGAGAGGAAUUGACGGAGCAGGAAACUGCUCUUUAUGAUCGUCAAAUUCGUGUUUGGGGCGCCGAUGCUCAACGAAGGCUAAGCAAGUCUCAUAUACUCGUUAGCGGACUAAAAGGGACUGUAGUUGAGUUCUGCAAGAAUAUUGUUCUAGCAGGAGUAGGUAGUGUGACAUUAAACGAUGACCGACUAGUGACCGAGGAGUUGUUGUCGGCUAACUUUUUGGUUCCUCCCGAUGAAACUGUGUAUUCAGGGAAAUCUCUUGCUGAGCUCUGUUGUGACUCUUUGACAGAUUUUAAUCCCAUGGUUCGUGUUUCUGUUGAAAAAGGUGAAGUAUCCAAAUUUUCUGCCGACUUCUUUGACAAGUUUGAUGUUGUAGUUAUCAGUUCUUGCUCACUUUCAACAAAACAAUCAAUUAAUGAGAAGUGUCGCAAAUCGUUAAAGCGCAUUGCAUUUUAUACAGUGGAUUGCAGAGAUUCCUGUGGUGAAAUAUUUGUUGACUUGCAGAAUUACAUCUACACCAAGAAAAAAAAUGAUGAAGCAGUUGAAUGUCUUCUAGAGUAUUCAAGUUUUGAGGAAGCUGUAUCUGUCCCGUGGAGAUCUCUUCCAAGGAGAGUUUCUAAGUUGUACUUAGCCAUGAGAGUGAUAGAGAAGUUUGAGGAGCUUGAAGGCCGCAUUCCUGGGGAAACAUCUGCCGCUGACUUGCCGAAGGUUCAGAAGCUGAGGAAGGAGCUUUGUGAGGCACAGUUGCUGGAUGAAUCUCAGAUUCCUGAUUCCCUCCUAGAGAGAUUGUCAGAAGGUAGAAGAGAAUUUCCACCUGUUUGUGCAGUCAUUGGGGGGAUCCUUGGACAGGAGGUUAUCAAAGCAAUAUCAGGCAAAGGAGAUCCUCUAAAAAAUUUCUUCUUCUUCGAUGCAAUGGAUGGAAAAGGCAUAAUAGAGGACAUAUUCAGACAAAAAUCCUAAGCCUAGGCUUGUUAUUUAUCAUCAUGAAGAUUGGAAUCCAGAUUCGAUGAUCCAUCAUGUUGGACAAAGGUAAAAAUCUUUGUUCGAUUUGCGACUGAUCCUCAGUGGAGAUCUUUCUAACAACUAUUUGAACAACUUCUAGUCUAGGCUGAAAUGUAGCUUUAGUACCCAUGAAUUAUUCCAAUACUUUCUGGUCAUUGGCGUAUGAUUCCAAAACUUCUGUAAUUCAAACUAAUUUCUCUUGGUUUUCAGAAAGUAAUGUAGCAUCAGUUUGAGGAUGAGUGAAAAAGAAAAGAGGAGGUAUGGUUUACAUGACUGAAAUACAACUUAUUUUUUUUACUGUUUUGUAAAUUAGAAUAUUAUCUGGGGAGAUACACUCCUAGCAGAGAUUCCAUUACCGUAAUAAAGAUGUUAAUGUCCUCAGUAAA